AAAACUGUGUUAAAGGGACACCUCUCUCUCUCUCUCUACUAAAGGUCCUCUCUUUAUUUUUCUCUCUAGUAUUUGGUGAAUCAGGUUCCUAAGGUUUUGUAGUUUAGAGAGCACUUGAAAAGUUGGGGGAGGGAGAGAGAUAGACUCAAGAGUGAAACUUCAAACUUGAACUAUAAUUUGCAGUCUUUCUUUAUGUUUAAAUAUCUGCAAAGGGAACCGACAGAAGAGAAGAUGGGAAUUCCUGAUCCAGAAGCGAUCAAGCAGUUUCAGUUGUUAAUGGAGGAAGUUGAUGAGCCGCUGAAGAACACAUUUGAGAAUGUGCACCAAGGGUAUCCCGAUGAGACAUUUGUGCGGUUUCUUAAAGCGAGGGACUGGAAUGUCGGCAAAGCCCACAAAAUGUUGGUUGACUGUUUGCAAUGGAGAAUAGACAGUGAAAUUGACAAUAUAUUGGCGAAACCAAUCAUACCUACUGAUUUGUACAGAGCAGUGCGAGAUUCUCAGCUUUUGGGACUGUCUGGUUACUCAAAAGAGGGUCUUCCUGUCAUUGCUGUUGGUGUUGGGCUCAGCACAUAUGACAAAGCUUCUGUAAAUUACUAUGUUCAGUCGCACAUCCAGAUGAAUGAAUACCGAGAUCGUGUAGUUUUACCUUCUGCAACAAAGAAGUAUGGCAAAUAUAUUGGAACUUGUGUGAAAGUUUUGGACAUGACUGGCUUAAGGCUGUCGGCGCUUAAUCAUAUUAAGCUAUUGACUGUUACCUCCACAAUCGAUGACUUAAAUUAUCCAGAGAAGACAGAUACAUACUAUAUUGUCAAUGCCCCAUACAUAUUCUCAGCAUGUUGGAAGGUGGUAAAACCUCUUUUGCAAGAAAGGACAAGGAAGAAAAUCCAGGUUCUCCAAGGUUGUGGGAAAGAUGAGUUACUCAAAAUCAUGGAUUAUUCGUCCCUCCCACAUUUUUGUAGAAAACAGGGUUCUGGAUCAUCUCGGAAUUCGGAGAAUGGACAUACUAGUAACUGUUUCUCCUUGGACCAUGCUUACCAUCAAGAGCUCUACAAUCUUGUUAAGCAGCAAGCAAUGCGCAUGGAGUGUGUGGCACCAAUCAAACAGGGUUCCUUCCAUGUCAAUUUCCCGGAUCCAAACCCAGAUGACGCAGAGAUUGCGAAAACCAUAGAGGCUGAGUUUCACAAGUAUGGAAACCACAAUGGCCUCACCAAGUCACUAAGUGGCCUAAGAUUAAACGGUUCUUGAAUUCCAUUUUUUAACAUGUACAACGGUUAUAAGCGUCUGUAGCCUACAUGAGUACAUGACACUGGUAACAUUUCUAUGAGACCAGAAUGUUGUCAUAUUAAUUUUGUGUAAUAGUCUAUGCUUGCAUCAACUCGAUGCAGAUUCUUUAUGACAAAAGCUAAUCCGGUGUAGUCGGAAGUACCGCCGAUUUUAAUC